CCUGCCAGCUACCGAAAGUGCAUCGAAAGGCUGAACUAACAUUUUAGCGUCCUGUUAGUGAGUAGGUUUGUGUGUUUACAUCUCCGUUGCACCCUGGACGUGAUAUGUUGUUCCUCGAUCGGCGAAGAACGUUAUGAACGGCAGUCUACCGGAUGGUCAAAAGAUUUUGAAAGAGAUUGGUAGCUCGGCGAAUGCAACGAAAGAAGAUAUUCAUUUGUACGCCGAGCACCUAGGAAUCGUCCUUCCAGAUGAGCAAAAUCUGCUUUGGAUUGCUCAGGCCGGUCUUGAGGUGUCGCUGCCGCCACCGUGGUGUCCCGUGGAAGAUCCUCAGGGAAGGAUUUACUAUUACAAUUCGGUUACGAAAGAGACCAAAUGGGAGCAUCCCUUGGAUUCUUACUACAAAGCUGUGGUCAAGAAGGAGAGACUCACAUGUGCACGAACCGCUACUGCAGAGUCAAAUGUAGAAGACAGCGGUGCUUCACUGAUGUCAUCUCUAGAUGACAUUCCACCCUUGUCAUCGUUUGCAAAAGCUUCGGAGGUUGAACGCACUGUUGUUCCAUUCUCUCGUCUCAAGAAAGGGAAAAAGGGAUUCCUCUCCAAGUCUUGUCCGACCAACCUUCACAUGCUAGCAGCGGCUUCAGGACCUUUAGUGAAGGCUUCCUUGGUGCAGCAAACAGACACUGACUCGGAAUCUCACACUGCCACUCUUCGCAAUCAAGAUGAACCUGCUGUCGUGCGAGACCUGCUCACCCAGAAGCAGGCACUCGAGUUUGAGUUGGAGCGAUUGAAGCGGGAAGUCCACAAGUACCAGCGAAUCAGAGAUCAGUUGAAAGCAUCUGCUAAGCAAGAACUAAUUCAACUUAGAACCAGUUCACUUACUCACAGAUCUCAAAACCACAAGCACGCUAUCACAGAUGAGAAGCAAGGCCAGCAUUCCCAUGAUAAAGGAGCUGCACGUGACUCACCUGGAACAAAAACCAAAGGCGAGAGCAGCAAAACUAGCAAGGGAGCGGUCGCAGGGAAUAUAUCCAGUCGCUCCUCACUGGGUCACAAGGAUCUUCUUCGGCUCGGCCAACGGCUAUCUCACCUGCGGCAUCGACAUCUGCAGCUGUCCUUGCGUGCUGCUCAGCAAGUUGCUGAGGAUGCUCUUGCAAGUUAUGUGGUUCCUCAUACUUCUGGCUCUGAGAUCACCAGCAAGGACUUGGUAGUGUCGUCCAUAAAGCAGCUGGUGCCGUCCUCAUCAACCGACCUGGUUCCUCAUCGUACAGUAAGAGCACUGACCGAUAUUCCUCAUGUGGAAAUGGGUGCACUUCAUGAAACUGCUCCGACACAUUAUUUGAAGACGUACAUGCCCCAACAGCACGAUGGGCGGCCUCCUCAGCAGUGGUCUCGGUCUGAGUGGACAACAAAGUUGUCCCAGCUACGCUGGAGCCUUAGGGAGUGUGAACUCCAACAGCUGCUUAUAAGUAGUUGCUUGUUCGCUGCCGAACGUAAGGUUCGUAGUCAUGUGUAAUUAAACAAGUACUAGUCAUCAGAAGGAAUCUCGGGUAAUGGUGUUACAAGUUAUGUGCGGCUUAUGAUAGAAAACAAAAAAAACUUGAUAUGCAUCCUGCAAAUUCUGUUAACCGUAAAAGGUGUACCCAAAAGUGACUGAACACUUUUCAAAACCUUGUACUUUGCACUCUUAAAAUAAUUUUUGACCAGGCUGAUUUGCAUAUAGUAUAAUAUAAAAUGAUUCUGUGAGAAAUUAUACUAAUGCUCACAUCAUAUGUAUGGAGCUUAUUGUUGAGUGAGAUCCCCUUCAAUACUUUCAGGUGUUAAGUUCUUUCUUACUAUGUAACCAAAGCAACUGCAUUGUAGUUAUAUUCCUGACUGUUAAUCAACAGCAAACUUUGUCAUGUAUCAUUUUUAACUAGAUUGUGUUACGAGUUUUAUUAGGCCUUUUUAAUAACUUUAUUGAAAGAAAACUUUAUUAGGCUUAUGGCUGUUUAUGUAAAGUAUUAUGUAAAAUAACUGCUUCUCACAAAUGACAUCGGUUCCAUGCUAAACUAUGAUAGAGUAUUGGCGUCUGCUGCGUAUGUAAUCUAUGAAUGAAAUGCAAUUCAACAAGUGGCCCUUCAAAGCACUCGGCUUAAACAGAUUGGCCCACGAAACACAUUGCCCACAAAAACCUUAAAAAAGCACGCCAGCUGCCCCUAUUGACCUAUUCAAUUCAAUGACCUAUUCAGCUGACACGGUAGUUAAAUCACUAAUGGUGUUAGUUGUGUGCAAGACAAAUCUCGCAGUUAUUUGGGUAGUCCAUUGCAUGUACAUCAUACUUUUUAGAAUGUUUACCUGAAAUGAAGUGCUCAUUUUUAUUGUCAAGGUAAAUACCUUACUUAUACUAGGAGGCAAUGGUCAAUGCAAAAGGUCUUGUCUCACUGAAUUAGGCAUGCUGUGCGAAAAGAUGUUUUUUAUGUAUGCCAGUGCAACAUGUCCUUCCUUUGCUGUAAAGAGCUUGUGAUUUAUCUCACAAAAUCAUUUAUAAGUUCGAAGAUCAGUUUAUGGUUAGCCGGUAAAAACCAUCUUGACUAUCUCUUUGCUAAUACAACUCCAAUGCCCUUGGGUUCACAUCAUGUGGCCACAGAAAAGUCUGUAAUGACCCCCCCCCCCCCCCCUCACACAAACACUGCCUAGUGUCUGGACCUUGUGCUGGAACAAUUAUUUUUAUUUCUCAUUCUCUUUGCUCUUCAUCGUUGGCUCCCACAAUGUCUGUAGUACCCGAUUGUUGUGUAUGGCUGCAUUACAAGAUGUGCUAUAGAAAGUGAUGGUAAUCAUUUUAAAUUAUUGAUUGAUUGAUUCGUGGGCUUUAACGUCGCAAAACCACCACACGAUUAUGAGAGACGCCAUAGUGGAGAGCUCCGGAAAUUUCGACUACCUGGGGUUCUUUAACGUGCACCCAAAUCUGAGCACACGGGCCUACAACAUUUCCACCUCCAUCGGAAAUGCAGCCGCCGCAGCCGGCAUUCCAUCCCGUGAGCUGCGGGUCAGCAGCCGAGUACCUUAGCCACUAGACCACCGCGGCGGGGCAAUAAUUUUAAAGACACGUCUUUGAAGGUAUGGGCUGUAUAAAAAAAUCGAACACUUUAAAUUCCAAAGUGUGUUCGGGAAGAGCUUGUGGCCAUUCGACUGACUAUGCCAGGUCUUUUUCUUCUUCUUUCUUUCUUUUUUCUGUGCACAUAUAGUGUUUGGUAAUGGCGUUUGGUAUCGAGGUAAUCCAGAUUUUGGGGGGCUUCUCCAAACCGCUUGCCAUGUAAUCGCUUGCCAGCAUGCCAGCCCUUUUCCUGUGAAAUCCAGUCAUGCUAGCUGGUUUCCGCUCAAACCGCAAGUACUGUUUUUCAG